UCUCUGUCAUUUCAACUCUCUCUCUGAACCACCAUCCUUGCUUAUUACAAACAAAACAAAAGCAACACUUUCAAAUGACAUAAAAAAGCUUCUAAGUUAUUCUAAUUACUUUUGAAGCUGAGUGAAACUGUGUUAUUGUAAAAUAAUUAUUAUUAAAUUUGUUAAUUUUUGUUUUUGUGAUUCGAGAUGCCUGAUGAUGAAUUGGUGGAGCUGAAGUUCCGUAUAUACGAUGGAUCAGAUAUUGGACCCUUUUCUUACUCACCAAGUUCAACAGUUUCUAUGCUCAAGGAAAGGAUUUUUGCUGAAUGGCCCAAAGACAAGAAAAUUAUACCAAGGGCAGCAAGUGAUAUUAAACUCAUAAAUGCUGGCAAAAUUUUGGAGAACAAUAAGACGGUGGGCCAAUGUAGAGUACCUUUUGGUGAGCUUCCUACGGGGGUCAUCACCAUGCAUGUUGUUGUUCAGCCAUCUUUAGCAAAAGCUAAAACAGAGAAAAAAGUAGAUGAUGUACCCAGAAAACAUUUUUGUGGGUGUUCAAUAUUGUGAAAAGCCAGUCACAUGGAUGUUAAGCUGCUGGUCGUGUUUGCUGGGAUAUCCGAGGUCAUGGAAAUGUGUAGCCGUGAAGACAUGUUCUAUAAAAGGGGUGUUUAAUGUAUCUUAGUUCAUGCAGUCUAUCACAUCAUCAAAUAUAUUUUAUAGAAAGAAAGGUUCAGUUACUAUUCCUAAGAAUUUUGAACAAUAUUCUCUACCAGAAUUAUCAUAUACAUGUUUCUUGUGCAUUGGUGACAACAAAAAUUACUUUGCAAACGUUUCUUGUUACAUACCUUAACAUAUUGUCUUGCUUUUUUCUUUAUUAUGUUGGGUCUGUACAACAGAAAGAGGCAUUUUGUCAUUGGUACAAAGAUUCCAUUAUUUGUCAAA